GUAGUGCUCACAGAGAAGGAAGCCCUGGGAGGGAAGAACUUAGGGAACAGGACCCAGGAAUCUCUGAAGUUCUGUAGGUGUGGAGGCAAUAUGAAGCUGACCCUGGUACAGAUCUUUUUCGUCAUGCUUUUGUUGCUACUGGGCCUGGGGCUGGGCCUAGGGCUGGGGCUCCACAUGGCUGCAGCAGUCCUGGAGGACAGUGAUCAGCCGCUGAAUGAGUUCUGGUCCAGUGACUCGCAGGACAAGGCUGAGGCCACUGAGGAGGGAGAGGGCACUCAAACCCCAGAAACCCUGGUGCUUGGCAAUAAAGCAGUUGUGCAACUUGACUGGCCGGAAGAGACCAUCCUCAGUGAAGACGAGGUCGGCGGGGACCGGGCUCUCAGAGCGGAGGCCCUCUUCCGGAGCUCCAGAGAUGAUCUGAGGCUUGAGUUGAUGGCCAGAGAAUGCAAUGCCAUGAUGGCACACAAGGUGAAGCAGCACAAUCACAGCUGCAUACCCGAGUACACAUUCAUACAUGAGGACCCGGACACAGUCAAAGCCGUCUGUAGCAGUCCCGCUGUUGCCUGUGAGCUCAAGGGGGCCAAAUGUCACAAAAGCCCUCGUCCUUUUGACUUGACAUUCUGCAAGUUGUCAAACCCAAGCCAAGUUACUCCUAACUGCAAUUACCUAACUUUCAUUAUGGAAAAGGUCAUCCUUAUAAGCUGUAAGAACAUGAAGCUCCAUUUAACGGCUAUACAGUGAAGAAACUACCCUAUUCUUACUCUCUUCCAUUUGCUUUCCCACCUCUGUUUCCUCUGCUGUGCUCCUCCCCUUGGCUAUCUUGUACAGAAGGUCCUGAGAAGAGAAGACAGA